ACCCUAAUGAGGUAGUGGAGUUGGCUGAAGGCAGGGAUAUGGAAAUAGAGCUACAGUACAUCGUGCAUUGGAUAGAAACAAAUGCACAUUUCCAUGAAAGGAUGAAGAAGUAUUCAGUGCCACACAAUUCUUCAAUACACCAUUUUUCAACAUGUGUGACGUUUCUGAUUCUGUUUGGAUGCCUUUUAAUUUACUAUAUGAGAGUCAUCCAGAAGGAUUUCUAUGAUUUCAUACCCGAAGACACAGCAGUAGACAGAGAGCAGACAGGAUGGAAGUGCAUCCGUUCUGAUGUCUUCCGGUAUCCAAAUAACGGGUCUUUGUUUGCUGCAGCCCUCGGUUCUGGUGCUCAGCUGUGCAUUCUGUGAGCUUCUUAACCAAUCAAUGCAUCUGAGAUCAUCU